AUUUUUCUCUGUCCUCCCUAUAUUAUAAAAUCAAAUUCAGCAAAACUUUCAGAAACAGUGAACAAAUAAUACCAGAACAAACUUUCAGAGAUAUUUGUUUGAAUAAACCAACAACAAAAAAACUGCGCUAAUUAUGUCUGCUAAGCGUAAGAGAUCUGAAUUAAGUCAAUUAGCCGCUGAAUUAUCUAAGCGUAACCGUAGCAGUAAGCGUAAGACUAAUAAUAAGACAGCUCCAAGAACAUGACAACAAGUACCAUUACCAUUGCAAAAGUGCCCGAGUGUAGUCGACAAUUUCAGCCGGUUGAGCGAUGAUAUUAUUGUGUGUCAUAUAUUGUCUUGAUUGUCCUUGAGGGAAGCCGUGGCAACAAGUGCCCUUUCCCGCAGAUGGCGCAACUUGUGGACUGAAAGCAUUGGCUCCAAAUUGAUCUUUUCAUAUCCCGCUAAAUAUGAUUAUGGUUCUAGACUAAGGUUAAGACAACCCAUCCUAGCAAAGGGAAUUAGUCGUAUUUUGGAAGUUGUUAAGCCAACAUUCGAUGAGCUAACUAUUCGUUUCAGUUUCAAUUUCAAAUCCAAAACUGGUAGUAGUUAUCAGGCUGUUAAUAGGUGGGUUCAAAUUGCGCUUACAAACAAGGUUACUCGCCUUCAUCUGGACUUUUCAUCAUUGGGUGUUAGUCUCAGAAAUUACACUUUUCCAGCUAUACAUAAGUAUUCUGAUAUACGUAACCUUAGAGAUGUUUGCUUUAAGUCUAUAAAUGUUUCGGGGGAGGUUAUCGACUGUAUGCUGUCAAACUGUCCAUCUCUUGAGCGCUUAGCUGUGUGGGAAUCAAGUUUUGUGCAUAAUAUUAGAGUCUGCACACAAUCCUCUAAGUUGAAGAGCCUAGAAUUUGUAGAUUGUUUUUAUAAAAGGAUUCAGAUCUCAUCACCAAAUCUCAUAUAUUUGAGAUACAGUAGUGAUUUUGAGGAAUGCCUUGAACUAGAUUAUGUUCCCCUUUUAUCUCAACUUUCUAUAGGCUCUUUAUACUGCCCAAGUUUCCUAAGCAAUGGAGCUCGGCUUUUUAUCAAUUGCAUCUCUCAACUCAAGAGGCUUAAGCUGGAUAUCAUAUCGAUUCUUGCAUAGAAGAAUUCUCUGUAGAUUACCUGCUGGAACUUCCUAAACUCAUAAAGCUUGAGCAGUUGGAAGUUGAAGUGAAACCAGAUUGUUGGAAUUCUCACCCUUAUCUUUGGCUAAUCAUGCUGAUAAAGGCUGCUCCAUCCCUCCAGAAAUUUGCAAUUAAGUUGAACAGUGUCGAGGUGGAUCCUGAUCCUGAUGAGGAUGAUUAUCACAAAAACUUACUUUACAUUAUUGGGAAAGUACGUCAUCCAAGCCUCAAGUUCAUUGAGAUGCUGAAAUUUAGUGGAGGUUCCUCGGAGAUGGAACUCGGUCAGCACUUGCUCAGUAUUUCUCCAUUGCUUGAGCAGCUUGUUGUUGGCUUCAUAGAAUGCAAGCUAAAAAGUAAGAAGAAUCCUCGUGCUUAUAGAAAGAAAGCUCAAAAGUUCAAUAAGUGGCUACCUCAAACUGCUAAAUUAGUUAUACUCUAACUUUUAUAUUUUCCUUAAUAUAAUUGUUUUGAUUUUUAGUUGAGUUUGGACCUUUCAUGAUAUGUACUUUUAUUACUCCCUCCGUGUUUUUUUUUUAUUACUCCGCAUUAUAGAAGUGCCUUCUUGGUUAGGAUCUUUACAUGAAUCUUCCCCUUUGUUAGAAGAAUUAACUUUGGAGUUUGAUCUCUUAUGUAAUGCACAGCCUCUAAAUGCAAUGCCUCUUCUAAAUC